GUGUCAUGUGACAUUACAUCGCCAGGCUCCAGCUCAAAUCUAGGAAAGUAGGCUUCACUAUUCAGGCACUUGACGACAGGAAAAGCCAACCGCUAAACUACGCUGAAGGGAUCAGCAAAAUGAAUUUCCUCCUGGAAACCCUUCAAGUGAUCGUAAUGUCGAUCUAUUACAACAUGGAGGCGUUUGUCCAACUGUUCAUCCCACUCAAGAAGAAAAAUGUCACCGGUGAAAUCGUCCUCAUCACUGGGGCGGGCAGCGGCAUUGGCCGGCUCAUGGCUGAGAAGUUUGCCCCACUGGGCGUCUCUCUGGUCUUGUGGGACAUCAACCAGGAGGGCAUGAAGGAGACUACAAGGCUAGUGAAGGAGAAAGGGGCGACUAGGGUCCACUACUACCUGUGUGACUGCAGUGACAAGGCCGAAGUCUACAGAGUGGCUGAUCAGGUCAAGCGAGAGGUGGGGGAUGUAAGCAUUCUCAUAAACAACGCAGGCAUCGUCACGGGCAAGAAGUUCAUGGAUGCACCAGACUCCCUCAUUGAGAAAACCAUUGAAGUUAACACCAUGGCACACUUUUGGACAUAUAAAGCCUUCCUCCCAGCGAUGACUGCCAACAACCACGGUCACCUGGUCAGCAUUGCCAGUUCAGCUGGUCUGAUUGGUGUCAAUGGGCUAGCAGAUUACUGUGCCAGUAAGUUUGCUGCUAUUGGCUUUGCUGAGUCUGUGGCUCUGGAGCUGCUGGCUACGGGGAAGGAUGGAGUCAAGACUACCAUAGUGUGUCCAUACUUCAUCAAUACUGGCAUGUUCGAUGGCUGCAAUACUAAGUGGCCUCUCUUGUUGCCCAUCCUGGAUCCAGACUACGUAGCGAAGAAGAUCAUUGAAGCCAUUUUAACUAACCAGGUCUACCUUCUGCUCCCAAAGAGCAUGUAUCUUAUCAUGGGCCUGAAGAAUAUUUUGCCCGUCAAGCUCGGGGUUCUGCUGGGGAUGUACCUGGGAGCGUUCAAUUUUAUGGAUGCUUUCAAAGGACGCAUCAAGAAGGAGGAGUAGAGAAGAGUGAAGAAAGAACAGAUUAACAGCCUCUGACUCAAAGGAGAUUGAUAGUGCCUAUCAUGUUUAUCUGUAGUUUUUUUUUCUCUUUUUACAUGUUUUAUUCUUGUUUAUAAUUCAUUUUAGUGUAUGAAGAAAAGCCUACGUACUAGUUUACUUCGGCAGACUUAGGAUAAGUGUAGGCUAUAUUGGUAAUCAAAUAAUUCAUGUAUUACCAUAAAAAAAAGUUAAUGGUGAUAUGUAACAUUGUGUUUUCGUAGCAUAAACAUACGGUGUUAGCUCAUUACAUUGACAUGUAAGUGUUGCUACAUUUGGUAGCUAUUUCACUCUUGUAACGUUCAGUGGAAUACGUCCUCUUUUUUUUGGCCUGAAGAUUACCUCAUGCGCACACAUGCACAAUACACAUUAGAAAAGGCUGAGCAGGUAGAGAAGCUCAGGAAACAGUGUCAUGUAAAGGAUCAUUACCUGUGUGUACUGGACUAGUUUUGUGAAGUUAGCUAAGUCUACAGUAGCCAGAUGAUGGUUUACUCUAUUGCCAAUAGGAAAAUCAAUGAAGUAAAAAUGCACAUGCAUUCACAAUGACACUUUACAGAGGUGCUAGGCAUAGGAUCGGAAGGUUAGGAUAAAAUAUCUUCUGUUUUGUUGGAAAAUUAUAAAAUAGUUUGCAUAUACAGUAUUUGUCCUCUCAACCUACCCUUUAUAUUUGAACGACUGAGCUGUUAAUUGGUUAAAGUAAGACGUUUUCCUUUGACAUUGAAGAGAUUACAAUGUAAGCUAAUCAUUUUAUUUCAACCAUGUGUCAUGUUACAUUUGUUAUGUGUGUAACAAUGUUGGUAUAUGAACAUUAUCAAUUUUUAGACAUAUGUUUGUGUGAAAGCCAAAUGUCAUGAGACAUUUAUUAAUAGUAAAAAGUACUUAUAUAUUUAGCUGUAAUCUUGAAAAAUAAAAGUUUAAUCAAA